CUUUCUCGGAAGGGGGCGUGGCCGGGGCGCUCCACCAUGUCGGCCUCGGGCGCGUCGAGCUCCCCGCCGACGGCGGUGCAGAUCCGGGAGGCGAACGCGCACCUGGCCGCCCUCCACGAGCGGGUGGCCGAGCUGGAACGGCGCUUGGCGGCGGCCGAGGGAACGGUACGCGGACAGGCCGAGAGCCUCAUCCGGAAGGACGCCGAGAUGCGACAGGCGGUGCUCGGUCUCCGCCAGGGGAAGGACCGGGAAAUUGCCACCUUGGAGGAGAGGCUCCAGUCCUCCGAGGCGAACACCCAGAAGCUUUUGCACAUCAUCCAGGAGAAGGACAGCCUGAUCGGGCAGCUGAGGCACCGGAGCCGCCUCCUGAGUAAGAUCUGCCGGAGCCGCCCCGUCCUGGACAACCUCCUGGCCUACAUGGCCGAAGGGGAGCGCUUGAGCCCCGUCCUCCCGGCCAGCUCCCCUUCGGACCACGACCCCUUGCCCGAGACCGAUGGCCUCCCGGAUCUCGAGUUGGACGCCAGAGACUUCUCCCUGAGCGGGGAGGAUGAUCCCGAUUCGGAGAUUUUGUUCGGCACCACGGUGUAAUAGAAAGGGGGGGGUUGUUGUCCUCGGCUUCCUCUUCCCGGAAGUCUUGAGCGUCCUUCGGCCACGUCCCCUCUGGGCGGGAGUCCAAAAGCGGGCAGUGGGAGGAUUCCCCUUUCGUACCCAGCCUGAAGAAGCCAGAGUGGGAGGACUUGAAACCGGAUUGGGGUCCAAGCGCUCGGGCUUUGCCAGGUUCCUGAUGGGAAAAUGUCCCUUUGCCACUUAGGUAUAAUCCGUCCUCCGCCUUGGGAAAGGGGGGGCAGCACUGGAAAACAUUGGGGGGGUGGAAUUGCUCCUGAAGCCCUGCCACAUUUGGCUGCCUCCCCACCCCACUCCCAAGCAUCAGCAGAGAAAUUCCUUGGAAGGAGGAAACUCACCCGCAUCUCCAGGUGGGGGGCACAUCUGAUCCAGACUGGAUAAGGGCCCUUUCACAUGCUCAGAGAACCUCUACCUCUUGAAAAGAAGCGAGUGGGAGGGAAAGGUCUGCCUUGUUGGCUCAACACCCCCCCCACACACACACACACAAAUACACCCCCUCCGAACAGCCUGGGUUUGCUGUUCCUGCUUGUAGGAAAAGUCGGAAGGCUAAAUGUGAGACGGACAGAUUCCCUCAAGGAAGCCACAGGCCAAGUUUGCAAGAGCUAAGCAGGGCAGUGGAGGAUGGGACAUGUUGGAGGUGGCUCCUUCAUGGGGUCGCCAUAGGUUGGAGCAACAACCCCAAGCGUUACAGCUGUGCCAGUAGUAAACCCCCCCCCCUGCCUGUGUUAGCUGGAUUUCAUUAUAAUUUUUCAGUGGGGCAGAAUUUUACGACAGAAGGAAGGGAAAUUGCUUAGGGGGUGGCAGCAAGUUGCCUCUAAUUAAUGAGGUACCGGCUGAAUAUGCUGAGGAUGUGAAUGGUCCCUCGUUAAUUAACACUCCACAGCAUCCAUGCUAUGUGUUGCACGGUCCCUGGCUCCCUCCCUUUCAAGCACACCCUGAACUACAUAGGAGUAGGUAUUUCUGAGGUAUUUUUUAAUUUAGCAUUCUCAGGCAGCGGAUAAGGGAAUCCGCGGAUACUGAUCCCGCAGAUAGGGGGAUCCCCCUGCACUUCAUUGCUGGAUGGUCUUCAGAGUUGGAACACUACGAUCGCCUUCCCGCCGCCUUCAUUUUUGAGAUGAUUUGGGGGGGAGCCAUUUAAUUUCUAAACCUCCUUCUUUUCCACUCAGGUUUACCGAAUCCUCUCUUUGCCCCGUUUGGGUUUCCCUUUUUUUCAGCACCCAGUUUUGCUUUCUAACUGCUUUCGCUUCUGAACUUGGUCCAGUCAUUCGGACCUGCAAAUACGGGUUACAAGCCCAUCUCAUCCAUCCAGGGAAGCAGGUCCUGCCGAGCGCCCCAGGGACCGACCUUGGCGUAAAUAUGUUUCCGCUCACUGACUGUUACCUGUGCAUCCACUUUUAAGUGCCUACAAGGGAUUUUGUUACACCAGGUUUCCAAUCUAACGUGUACCUUCUUAGAAGCAUAAAUAAACGUAUUUUUGGUAUACUUGA